AUGUCUUUCCCUUCAGACAGCUCAAAUCCCUCCUUCUCGAUGUCCGCGUACAUGGUCCCCUCUCGACAGAACUCAUACUGCGAUUCCGAUGAUGAGCUCGCCUCCCUACCUUCUGAAUCCACAACCGACUCCGACCUUGAUACAUUGUCUGAAUAUUCCUCCGAUGCCGAGGCAGAAUGGCGCGAAAGCAUUGAACAGCUGGAGCUACUUCUGAGUAUGGUCCUGGUACCCUUCAUUGGGAAAUACCUGGGGCGACGAUGCGCAUAUUGGAGUUGGACACGAUUCAUGCAGUGGAAGUAUCCAGUUGAGGUGGUGAUGCGGAACCCGGCUGCAUUCAAGGCAGCGGGUUUCAUCAAGGCAGCUGCAGCUCUAUGA